AACAACAUGGCGAACAAGAUGACAACAACAGGCUCGGUGCAGUGUCCCGUUUGUUUUAAAGAAUUCCAGCCGGGCACAAUUAACGGGCACCUCGACGUGUGUUUGUUGAGUUCCGUGACCCCAGAGGAGAACGAACCUCCCGGGAAGAAACUUUGUACGGAAGCCGCGCCGCGCAGUUCCCCCGCCUCGUCCACGGCGCUUUUCUCUGUGUUUCAGAAUAACAAGAAUAAAGUUUCCGUUCCGAGUGAACGGGACGACUGCAGUAAAAGUCCCGGCACUGCCGGUAACAAAGCGGUUAAACGUAGUUCCGUGACAGGGGCGGAAAGUGGCGAUAAUGUGAAGAGUCCGAACUUUUCAGUGAAAGCAGCGGGGAAUACUGAGUCAUUGGGGCUGAUAACCAUGAGUAAGCCUUUAGCCGACACGCUGAGACCAAACACGCUGGAGGAAUAUUUCGGACAAAAUCAGGUCGUGGGCCAGCAAACUCUCCUCCGGUCACUUCUGGACUCCCAAGAAAUCCCGUCUGUGAUCCUGUGGGGGCCUCCGGGAUGUGGAAAGACCACUCUGGCUCAUAUAAUUGCCAGCACCAGUAAAAAGAAGGGCGCAGCUCGUUUUGUUACGCUAUCUGCCACUAGCGCAUCAACCAAUGAUGUUCGAGAGGUGAUCAAGCAGGCGCAGAAUGAGCUCCGACUCUGCAAGAGGAAGACCAUCCUGUUCAUUGAUGAAAUCCACCGCUUCAACAAAUCCCAACAGGACACCUUUCUUCCUCACGUGGAGUGCGGGACGGUGACUCUGAUUGGUGCCACCACAGAGAAUCCUUCCUUCCAGGUGAAUUCUGCUCUGCUUAGCAGAUGUAGAGUGUUGGUUCUGGAGAAACUGUCUGUGGAGGCGAUGGGCUCCAUCCUGCAGCGGGCCGUAACAACACUAGGGAUUAGGGUACUGGGACAAGAUCCAGCUAAUCCCAGGGAUCAAGGGCAGUCAGAUGAACAUGAUCCAAAGAUUUACAUUGAGCAAACAGCUUUGGACACAAUAGCCUACCUCUGUGACGGUGAUGCAAGAACCGGUCUCAACAGCCUGCAGCUGGCUGUGCAGGCUCAGUUAGCCCGGCUGAAUUUGUCGCCACAAGAUGGUUUUCCUCAGGAGGUAGUGGUGAAGGAGGAACAUGUGAAGGAGGGUCUCCAGAGGUCCCAUAUUCUCUAUGAUAAAGCUGGUGAAGAGCACUAUAACUGUAUCUCAGCGUUACACAAGUCUAUGAGAGGCUCCCACCAGAACGCUGCUCUCUACUGGCUGGGCCGCAUGCUGGAGGGAGGCGAGGAUCCCCUGUAUGUGGCCCGUAGACUGGUUCGCUUUGCCAGUGAGGAUGUAGGUGUGGCAGAUCCUUCUGCCCUCCCUCAGGCUGUAGCCACCUUCCAGGCCUGUCACUUCAUCGGGAUGCCUGAAUGUGAAGUGAUCCUGGCUCAAUGUGUCAUAUAUCUGGCACGAGCACCCAAGUCCGUUGAGAUUUACAAGGCCUAUAGUAACGUGAAAGCCUGUUUGAGGAACCACAAAGGUCCACUGCCUCCUGUCCCACUCCACCUCCGCAAUGCUCCCACUAGACUGAUGAAACAGCUGGGUUAUUCUAAAGGAUACAAAUACAACCCAGAUUUCAGUGGUCCUGUAGAGCAGGAGUACCUCCCUAAGGAGCUGCAGGGGAUCAACUUCUUCACCUGGAUGCCUUCAGACUCUGGAGUGUGAUCCCAUUUCACUCUUGAGCUUCAAACACUGGACAUACAGUAAUUGGUGUUUCCAUCGAGUCUUCAUUCUGUCAUAGUUGAUAUCACUUCCAGGAGUAAUUUGUCAAUCAGUAAUUCUUCAGUUAUCAUUACAGUCUAACUUGUAUAGAGAAGAAAUGACUCCCCCUGGACAGGAUGCCAGUGUGACACAGAUUACUUCCCCAGCUGAGGUUGGUUCCUUCUCUGAGGACACAGACAACCAACGUGAGCCAGAUUCAAACCAGGGUCGCUAUAUUGCAAACCCAGCAACAUAACCACUGAGCUACCUGCACGACUCUGUUCUCCAACUUGCAUAGAAGCAAAGAAAAAAACAAUGAAAAUCUGGUUUCUGUUAUUUCUGCAUCUUAUGAUUAUUUUCAUUAUUGAUUAAACUGUGCUUUUCCUUUAAUCAUACUGCCCCGCCACGCGCCCUGCGACUGCUGGGUUCGGCUCCAGGCACCCCAUGACCCUUGAUUGGAGUCGGCGUGUAUAGAAAAUGACUGAACAGCAUAAUGCAGUCUGCAAACUCACCACUAGGUGGCACUAAUUCCUUCAUGCCGAAGUUGAAUUUAUUUCAAAAACUCCUCAUAUCUGGUUUACAGCCACAGCUUGAAACCAAACCAGUUUAUCAGUGGUGUAAGAAUUGUUUAAACGCAAAUGAUCUCCAAUGCGUCCAGAUUAAUCCAGUUUGACAUUGUGGUGAUGGAUUGAACCAUUUAAUAACAUUUAAAAA